CAUCCCUGGGGGGAGGAGGAGGAGGAGGAGUGCGAGGAAGCGCGAGGCAGGAGGCAGAGGCCGCCCAGCCAGCGACAAGGAGCAAAAAACUGUCAGCGAUUCGUUGAGAGCAUGCCCAGACCCGCAGGAGAGAAGUGGCCACCAGGCCGCAAAACAGAACGAACAUCGUCGACUGCAGAAAUCAAAACUGACGCGAGCGAGCGGCACAAGGCAGACGGGCGCGCACAGGCCAUAAGAGGUCCAGUGGCGGUGGCUGACCGGUUCCCGCCCCACAAGCCCAAUGCGGGGACGGCCAAUGCGUGAACGCUUACCUCGAACGGUCUGACACCUGCGAGCCACCAUCUCACAUUCUGCUCCUACGCGCCACAAAGCAAUCCUUGUCCGCUUACGCCAGGGCAUACCGCACUGGCAAUAGUCUAGUAGUAACUCUUUGCAAGAAUCAUGCGAGAUAAAUGUACUAAGAGCUGGCACUUGCCACAGAACAGAAGUAUGUGGGUUCUCAAUGGUGACGGGACAAUUGCACUGAAUACGACGGCGAACGAUAUUCAAAGCGAAGUCGAGCAAAUGGUUUCCAG